AUGUUUUUUUAUAUUGGUGAUUGACAAUUUUAACUUCCUAACAAACCUUCCUACAAAAUCAUCAUGUUAACUAACGUAUCAUCCAGGAUAGAUUUCAUACUGCGGAAACUUAUACAAAGUAUAUUCGUAUUCGUAAAACAAAUAGAUACUUCUACAGUUUUAGUCAACUUUUUUAAUGUAAAACGUCUACUCGUUGCUAUAAGUUGCGAAUUCCAGCCAUAGUAUAAUCGUGUUGGUGAUGAAAACUAAAGUGUAUUUUAUGCAUCACGUAGGUGAUGGUGAUGGAAAAUCUGAUUGGUUACUGAAGCUCAUACGUGCAAAUUACGCUUUGUCAUCCAAAUGUUAUAAAUGCGAUCCAUGUCCAAAUCCAUUCGAUCCUUUAUCUAAAGACGUAAAGAAUGCAACUGAUUGUAAAUGGUGUGCGACAGUAACAGUCCGCGACAACAAACCAAAGGUAGUUAGAGAAUGUACAAGCGAGUGUUCGACUAAAACCUGGGAGAAGAAUACAAUUCGUUUAGUUAUGUAUGUUGCACUGAUGACUUUUGUAAUUCAACUGUCCAUAAUUGUUCAGUUCAUCGAAUACUUCUUGCAGUUCUCUUGGUCAUCAUUUGUUUUUAUAUUAAUCAAAAUAAAUAAACAGAAAAAAUAUUUUCGGCAUACUCAAUUUGAUCUAUUUACAUCAUAAUUAUUAAUGACGUCAUCUUGCUUAAUUUGUAUAUCUCACCUCUUUAUCUAUGUUUAAACCUGUGCUCCAUGUAGAAUGAUUGUAAUUCAACUCAUGUGAGAGGUUGAUCGCUUUCUAUGUUACAUUUAUGUCAUGAUUUCAUUCCGCCUUAUUUUGUAAUAAAGUCAUAUUUAAAAAA